AUCCUUAAGGUGGUACAGUUAUAUCAGACUCGUAAUCGUUUGUUAUUCAAUUAUUCCUAUAUUCUUCUGCGUUGAGCUCUGUACUUUUAGCUCAGAGACUUCUUUGAGUAUCUCCGAUCAGUUAAGUACUUUUUUAGUGUGCUUCACCAUAAACAAGGAUCUAAAAGUCAAUAUGAGCAAAAUAGUGGUUUACAUCUUGGAUCGAAUAGUUUGGUUGCUCCUUAUCACUAUUAUCACUACACAGUCUCUUCAGAUAGCAGGAAUUAUAGACCCACCAAAGACAAUGGAGCAGAUAAGCUACCCUGAACAGAACCAAUAUGAUUACCAGUUAGCUGUUGUGAAUAAUGAAGGUAGAGGCAAGAGACAAACAGACCCAUCAGAGCAGAGGUCACAGUUUAUUGAUAGUCUCUUCAAUAUACCUAUAUCAACCUUAACUGCUUUAAACAACCUUGUACAGCACUCUAGACCUGCCAUACGAAAACUAAGAGAGUAUGCAACACAAAGAUUUGGAGGAACCACUCAAUCACCUGAUACUGCUCAGAAGAAGGUUUUUCCAGUACUCUCUAGAACUAAAGGAGAUCAUCCAAGAAACAUUUCAAAAAGUUGAACCUGAAAAAUGACUGAUUAUAAUGAGACUAAUGUUCAAUGUAUAUUAUUUGUUGUAGUUUUUAGUGAUUUAAUAAAUGUUAUAUUUUUUUU